AUGGAUGAAGUUUUUAUGUCCAAUCCAAUUGAAAUAUAUCAAAUGUUAAAUCAAGUUCCAAGGGCACCAAGGAUCCCCGUUCCAAGGGAUCGUGAGGAUGGACACAAUCGUUUUUGGAAUGACUACUUUGCUGACCAUCCUGUGUUUCCCCCACAAUUAUUUCGUCGGAGAUUUCGUAUGAACAAACAUAUAUUUCUCCGAAUAAAGCAAACUUUAGAAGAACGUCAUCCCUUCUUUCAACAAAGACAAGAUGCUACAGGAAGAUUUGGUGCCUCCGGAUUGCAAAAAUGCACAGCUGCUAUGAGGCUAAUAGCUUAUGGCACCUCUGCUGAUUCUGUAGAUGACUACAUUCGAAUUAGUGCAUCUCUUGCAAGAGAUUCACUACAAGAUUUUGUGGAAGGAAUUGUCUCUUACUUUAAUGAUGAAUACCUUAGAAAGCCCAAUGAAGAAGAUCUAGUAAGACUACUAAGAAUUGGUAAACGUCGAGGAUUUCCAGGUAGUCGUAAUGAUAUUAACGUUCUUGAUAGAUCCCCUUUAUUUAACGAUGUUUUUGAAGGUCGUGCACCUUCUAUUAACUAUGUUGUGAAUGACCAUCAUUACAAUAUGGGAUAUUAUCUCACUGAUGGCAUAUAUCCUAAAUGGGCAGCAUUCAUUCCUACAAUAUCACUACCACAAAAUGAAAAAGGUCUUUUUGCCAAAUUACAAGAAGCUAGACGAAAGGAUGUUGAGCGUGCUUUUGGAGUAUUACAAGCUCGUUUUGCAAUAAUAUGGAAUCCUGCGCUAGCUCGUGACACAUCAAUGUUAGGAAAAAUAAUGAUAGCAUGUAUCAUUAUGCACAAUAUGAUCGUUGAGGAUGAAAGAGAUAUGUAUAAAACGUAUUACGAUCCAAAUGAAUAUGAUCAAGCUACAAACGCGUCUUCAAGUAAUAGAAACACUGAAGAGCCUUUUCAGUUCGAAAAUAGCAACAACCGAAUUGCAAGUUUGGAAAUUUAUUUGUCUAAUAGAGCUCGUGUUCGUGAUGAAGCUAUGCAUAAAGCCUUAAAGAAAGACUUAGUUGAAAAUAUGUGGCUCAAAUUCGGUGUUCACAAUAGGCAAAAUAAUUUGCGUUAA